AUGUGUAUUUGGAAAACUGGGAAAGUUAGUCCGACUUGUCGAUGCACAAUUUGUAGAUUUUUAUCAAAAUUAUUCAAUUUGAAAUUCACACCAUUUCCAUUGCUGAAACUCCCAUUAGUUCCAUUACGAUUGAUCACAAGAAUGAUGAAUUCGAAUGAAAUCCUGAAACUCUCCAUAUGCUCUUAUCAAAUGGAACUUUUUCUCAAAUCAUCAAAAUACAAAGUCAGAGGAUUUCAUUACCAAUUGAAUGAUUCAUUUCUUCAAUUUGAUAUGGGCAAACGGGAUUACCUCUCUGUCAAUUUUGAGAAGGUGAAAAAUGAGAGACAACUGGAAAAGGUCACCAAAAUGAAGCAACUGUGUAACAGAGGAUAUCAAGAAGAUCAAAACAUAUUUUCGAUUGAAUAUAUAUCAAAAAACGAAAUCCUCGCAAUGUGCAACCUCGUCAGUUCACUUUAUUCAAGCCCCUUCAUUCAAUGGGCUUUCCAUUUUGAUGAUAUGGAAAUGCCCACUUUUUGGUACUAUUUCGAUAAAGCGUUGACCGGAAAAUGUGACAUGCUUGUAUUUCGGGAAGGCAGUUUGAGUGAGGAGUUGUUGACAGCUGUAAUGGAUCGCGCCCCGGUUUCCAUGGAGAUGUGUAUAUUUUCAGAUAUUUCAUUGAAUUUUAGACAUUCCAAGGCUAUGAAGUACUUUUCAAUAAACUACAAAGAAGCUCGUUGGGUUACUGUAGACGAUUUGAAAACUGUCAGAAACUCCAAAGUAGUUACACUGGAAACUACAAACUUCGAUAGUUCUGAUAUCAACGAGUUCUUGAAGUAUUGGGUUGACUUACUACGCCCUGAGACACAUCCCGAUAUUUAUGAACUUUUGAAACUACUUGAGAAGAAGAAAGACUUGGAAAUCGAAUUGUCGAGAAUCGAAGAAGCAGCUGAGAAUCUUGGAGAGACGGAAGCAAGGAACAAAAUAGUUCGAGAAAUUUCUUCCGGAUUAGUGCUUUUGAGAAGACAACUGAUGGAAAACAAUGAGAAAGAAUAUAUUUUUGCGAUGUAG